AUGUCGACUCCUGGCACGGUGAUCGAAUGUAAAGCUGCGGUGGCGUGGGAACCAGGAAAGCCUCUGAAGAUCACCACCGUGAAGGUGCAUCCGCCCAAAGACCAUGAAGUGCGCAUCAAGAUGCUGUAUGCAGGAGUGUGCCACACAGACUGGUCGUACCUGUACCAUGGGGGGCAGCAAGACUGGCCCUUCCCCCUGGUCCUGGGACAUGAAGGAGCUGGUGUGGUGGAGAGUGUGGGGCCUCAAGUCACCAAGGUCUCUCCAGGAGACCAAGUGAUUCCUCUAUUUCUGCCUGAGUGUGGGACUUGUGCCCAGUGCCGCAGCGGCAAAACGAACAUGUGCCGAAAUAACUGGGCCCAGUCUCAGAAGGGGGUGAUGGCCGAUGGUACCAGUCGUGUGUCCUGUAACCAGCAGCAGGUCUACCAGUUCCUGGGCGUGUCGUGUCUGUCGCAGUACACCGUGGUCUCGGACGCGGCGGUGGCGAGGAUCAGAGCGGACGCGCCGCUGGAGACCGUGUGCCUAUUGGGCUGUGGCGUCUCCACGGGAUACGGAGCAGCUCUCAACGCCGCCAAGGUGCAGAGGGGCUCCACAUGCGCUGUCUUUGGCCUGGGAGCAGUGGGACUGGCCGCGGUGGUGGGUUGUCGCGCUGCUGGUGCCUCCAGAAUCAUCGCUGUUGACUCAAACUCGCAGAAGACCAAGAAGGCCCUGGCCCUGGGAGCCACAGAGUUCAUCAACCCCCAGGAGCCGCACAAGAAGCCUGUCCAGGACCAGCUGAGGGAGAUGACCAGCGGGGGAGUGGACUAUGCCCUGGAGUGCACUGGAGACGUCUCUUCUAUGGCCCAGGCCCUGGAGUCCACUGUAGAGGCCUGGGGAGUGUGUGUGGUGGCGGGAUGCACCGAGCCCCUCCGAAUCCACGGCGACCAGCUCCUCAUGGGACGCACCAUCAAGGGGACCUACUUUGGAGGCUGGAGGGGGGCCUCAGACCUGCCGGGGCUCGUGGACAAGUACAUGAAGAACAAGAAGGAUCUGAGUCUGGAGACUUUCAUCACAAAGAGACUGAGGCUGGAGGACGUCAACACAGCUCUGCAGCUGCUGAGAUCAGGAGACAGCCCGGUGCGCGGAUAA